GCAUUUGUUGACUUCCUGGAGGGGGCGCGGGGCCUGGCGGCCGGCGGCGGCGGCUGUAGGCCGGGCCCGGCUAUGGCGACCCCGGGGAGGCAGCGCGGCGCCAGCUGCUGACGCCUCUCACCGGAGCAGAGCGGCCGCAGCCUGGCAGCUGUCAUGGAUGAGCCAGGAGAAGAUGACAUAUAUAUUUUGAAACAUGAAAAAGCAGACAGUGCUCAUAGAAGAGAUGCAGAUAUUCCUAUUUCAGUGUAUACGGGAGAUGAGUCUGUUGCUUCACAUUUUGCCCUUGUUACUGCUUAUGAAGAUAUCAAGAAACGACUUAAGGAGACUGAGAAGGAGAACUCAGUAUUAAAGAAAAGAGUAAGAGUCUUAGAAGAAAAGCUCCUUGGUUCCCGAUUGGAAGAAGAAACUCGCUCAGUUGGAUGUGAGCAAGUAAACAAGGCCUAUCAGGCCUAUCGAGAAGCCUGCAUUGACAGGGAGAAUUUGAAAAGCAAACUGGAUAAAAUGGUAAAAGAGAACACAGAAUCCUUGAAAAUCUUGAAUGAGCAAUUGCAGUCCAAAGAAGUAGAGCUUCUACAGCUAAGAACUGAAGUGGAAACUCAACAGGUGAUGAGAAAUCUAAACUGUACCCCAUCUAGCUGGGAAAUACAGAAGCUGAAUAGUGACCUAAAAGUGCACAGUCUGGAACAGGAUCUAGAAAAACUGAAGAAAGAAUGCAACAGUCUCAGAAAGGAACUACAAAAAUCUGUGCAGAAGAACAAGGCUCAGGAAGGAAAUCAGUUUAAUGGAGACCUCAUUCAAAGGCAAAACUUUCAGAGUGAAAAUGUGCAGCAAGCAUACUGGGAACUGAAGAGGGAAAUGUCUAACUUGCAUCUGGUGACUGAAAUGCAGGCUCAGGUUCUUCGAAAAUUGAAAACAAACCCAACUGCAACCAAGAAAGCUUCCUCUUGUACACCCGUACAGUGUGUUGAAGACCUGGAGAAGGACCUCUCAAAGUUAUGUUUGACUUCUUCUGGGGCAUUCUACAAAAAAACCUCUCCUUCACAAAAUGACAAAGUACUCUGCAAUGCCGUAGCUUCCCCUCUGCCAAGAGGUAUAAACAUGUUGUCUGAAAGGGAAAAUCUCCAGUCAUGGACAGAUGAGAAUACCAUCCCAGCUGGCAUUACAGCAUUUCAGGAACACAAUUCUUAUGGAAAGAGCUCUCUGGAAGAUAAUUCCUGGGUAUUCCCAAGCCCACCGAAACCUAGUGAGACUGUGUUUUGGGAAACAAAAAACAAAGCAUCUUUGUCAAACUAUCCAGUAGAUUACCUGGAUCGGUGUAACCAAAACUGCCUGCACAAGAGCUAAGUCACUUGUAGAAGAAAUUGAGGCUGGUUCUGACUGCUGGAACUUUUGAAAGAGCAAAGCAGUUGGGUAAAAAGUGGAAGUAUGUUUUAUGUUUUUUGUCUUAUUCCAAGACAAGGCCUGGUCUCUCACUGCUGUAAAUCAUUAUUGAAGGCAGUGCAGGUGUCAGCAAAUCAGAAUUGGACUCAUUAUGCAGACUUAAGAAUUUAAUUCUUGGAAUAAAAUUAAAUAAUUCAGCUCUGUAUUUCAGUGUGCUGUAUGUACAUAAUACUGCUUGUAAAAGCAUUUGGUUUCCUCUGCUAGAAACUUCUAAAAGCUGUGAGCUUACUUUGACAGUGAUCUUUCUGAUUGGAUCGCUCAUGCAAAGAUUAAAAUUGGAAUUCUCUCCCCUCUGGUUUAGGAACAGGCACUGACUGCCAGGAAGAAAAUAUGAGGUAUCUUUCUCCAAAUAAUGUUUUUAUUUGUACCAUAUAAAAACCAAAAAUUCCUAGAAGUACCUGUUUAGAUGGUCUUAUAAGUAUAUAAAUACCAUAACUAGAUGCUGCUGAAAGUUACAAUUCAUGGAUCUCUAUUUUUGUUUUCUCAGUUCAGACCAAGAAUGAAAUGUAUUCUAUGCACAAUAGUGCCUGCUACAAAAUCACCAUAACAAAAUGACAGUGAUUGUUAUGUGCCUCCUUUGCACAUCACUGAAAUCUUCUCUCUUUAACUGCUUGGUUUCUAAAGCUACUACUACUAACCCUUUUUUUUAAACACUGAGAAGCCUUAAUUUGAGCAAUUUUAACUAUUGCUUAAAAUAACAAUUAUUAAGCCACAUAACUUGGUUUUUAAUCUUUAAAGAAGAAAAUGAAAAUCUUUCAAAUUAUAGCUACCUGAGACUGUUAUGUGUCCAAGUAAGGAUGUAUUUGGGUGACUGAUACGAAAACUUCUUUUCCUUUAAAACCAGGAACUUCUACGCCGAUGCAAGUUACAGCAUUUUUCUAAAGCUGCCUGGCUUCAUAGAGUUGGCUGAAAGUGAAAUGGCUAGCAUGUACAAUAAUCAGGAUAAACAUGCUAUGUCAGGUUAUUUCAGAUUCCCAAGGAAUUUGGCAUGAUAAAAUGAUUAAUGCCAUUGUUUUAUGAUUGUUCCCUGCCUAAAAAUGAGCAGAAGUAUUGAAAUCCAUGGGCCCAGUUUGAGGUCAGUGUAAGAAACUGUGAUUUUUUGUUUGUUUGUUUUUUAACAGGUCAAUACCAAAAUAUUAAAAAUGAGCUGUCAUUGCAUAGGGAAAAGCUAUGACUCCUUAAAGAGCCACUGUCAGUGCCCAAGUAUAUGAUAUAACUUGAGUAAUACUUGACCAGUAUGGCUCUAAACACUCGGCCCCCCUAUGGAUUAAAUGUUCCACAUGAUGCCCAUCUCCUUCUUCCCUAUUGUCAAUCAAAACUGAAAGAAUGUCUUUCAGAUACCUUCUACUGUAUUAGUGAACAGCAUACAUAAAUAAUGUCUACCAUUCACCAGAUACUGUUUUUAUCUUUCUAUUAUCUUGCUCACGUAUACUGGCUUGUCUGUGAUUAAUGGAAAUGGUGUCAGAUGCUGGAAUUUAUUCUGACCAAUGAACAUAGCUGACUCAAGGGAGUACAAUCUCUUGCAAAGUAAUAGAACAAAACCCAAUAAGCAUAAAACAAAUCCAAGUCACUAGGCUUUAGCUGAUAGAACCAACUACGUGUGUAAUAACAGAGCAGCAGAAACCAUUUCUCAUGUGGCUGCAUAGAUUCUAUUGUAUCUAGUUCUAAUGUAGCUUACUGGGUUUUUCUUUGGUUACACUGAUUUUUUUUUUUUUUGGCAUUUUGGGCAAGUAAUGCAGACACCAACUUGAUUUAACAUAAGUUGACAUAACAAUGAAGGAAACCUGUUGUGUAAGAUUUUAAAUAAAUUUAUUUUUGCUUGAAA